AUGUCGCAAGGCACGAGUCUAGUAAACUCGGUCGAUGACCUACAGAAGCAAGCCCAGCCACAGCCCGAUAUUGAGCGACCACCUGUCGAACUGGACGAAAAGACGACAGACACACCACCAUCAGGUCCUCCCACAGUCAGCCCAUUCCACCCAAGUCAAUUUCCCGACGGCGGCAAAGAUGCGUGGCUGUGUCUUCUUGGAGGAUUCUGCUGCCUCUUCUGCUCCUUCGGCUGGAUCAACUGCCUUGGAGUCUUCCAAAACUACUAUUCGACCCACCAGCUACGAGACUCUACGCCCUCCUCCAUCGCCUGGAUCGCCAGUCUUGAGAUCUUCAUGAUGUUCUUCCCUGGUCCUAUUGUUGGCUGGGCAUUCGACAACUACGGCCCCAAAUACCUUCUCAUCUUCGGUACCUUCUUCCACGUCUUUGGCCUGAUGAUGACAUCGCUCUGCACAGAAUACUACCAGAUCAUCCUCGCCCAGGCCAUCUGUAGCCCACUGGGUUUAAACUGCAUCUUCAACGCCGCAACAAGUACAAUCCCUACAUGGUUCCUCAAGAAGCGCGGCACAGCCUACGGCAUCAUGGCCGCCGGCAGCGGACUCGGGGGCAUCAUCAUUCCCAUCAUGGCCUCGCACCUGAUCCCGCGUAUUGGCUUUGGGUGGACGAUGCGCUCAAUUGCCUUCAUGCUGCUAGGUCUGCUCAUCAUCGCCAUUCUGACCAUCACAUCGCGUCUCCCACCACGCCCACGCCCGCUGCGCUUCAAUGUCUUCAUGGAACCCUUCGCCGACAUGCGUUUCGUACUACUCACAGCAUCUUCGUUCCUGUUCUUCAUGGGGCUGUUCAUCCCGAUCAAUUUCAUCGAAACCCAAGCCAUCGCCGAUGGCAUGAGCGAUAGGCUCGCCGGUUAUCUUCUCGCUGUGCUCAACGCGGCGAGUAUCUUCGGCCGUAUCAUCCCGGGUCUAGUGGCCGACAAGUUUGGAGCGUUCAAUAUGCAAUCAGUCUGCUGUCUGUGUGCAGGCAUCAUCGUUCUUGCGUUGGGCCUGCCUGCGUCGGGCAACGCAGCGUACAUCACCUUCGCGGCGCUCUACGGAUUCGCAUCUGGCGCAUAUGUAUCACUCCUCCCCUCGCAGUUGGCACGUAUCUCUGAAGUACAUCAGCUUGGUGUCAGACUUGGUGUCACGUUUGCUUGUGUAUCGUUCGCGGGUCUCGUCGGAAACCCAAUUGCAGGUGCGAUCGUGACGAAAAACAAAGGCAAAUACUGGGGCUUGAACGUCUUUUCUGGCGUACUGCUCUUGGCGGGUGCGAGUAUGUUUGCAUUCACAAGAAUGUACAUUGCGAAAUGGAAGAUCGCUGCGAAGGUUUAA